AUGUCCAUUAACAGCAUGGGUCCCACUGCCUCCAACACCGUCGCUGACAGUAACUCGCCCCGAACCAGCCUCGGUGACCAAAGCGAAGGGGAUCAUAAUGGAGAGCCCUACUCGAAACUCAUCUACAGAGCCCUAAAAGAUGCCGACGGCCAUAGACUGUCCCUUCAGCAAAUCUAUGACUGGUUCAUUAAAAACACCAGCAAGGGCAGAGACAGCACCAAAGGCUGGCAGAACAGCAUUCGCCAUAAUCUGUCUAUGAAUAAAGUACGACCUCUCACUCCCAACACUUCCAUUAUCCCCGCUGCCGGUUUCAUAUCAAACCAGUUUCAUAUCACUAUCCACUUCCCACCAUCGGGUGAUCUCGCAUCCCCUCUGCCUACGCCACCUUUCGGGGAUGCACCGCACUAUCAAUUGGGGAAGGUCUUCAAUGGCCUGCCCCCCGGCGACAGCCUUGUCAAACAAGAAUUCGACUUUUCCAAAGUGAUUGGCUGCACGAGCUCCCCACUUGGUGAUAACUCGAUGUUCUAUGGUGUCGCGGGACCGGCACUGAGCUAUGUACCGCUCGAUCUUGACCAUAUCGGUGGUUGGUACCCCCUCUCAGGGCCCGAUAAUGGGUUGACAGGGCCCGGAAAGCUAUGA